CCAACCACAUCUUAAUUGUUAUUAUUAUCCACUUAACUGAAAUCCCAAGAAAGGGCAGAUCCAAGCGGAAGAAGAAGGAGAUCAGUAACCAAUCCCCACUGCUACAACAAUGGCAAUGAUCGUCGCAUUCGGCGAGAUGCUAAUCGAUUUCGUCCCUGACGUCGCCGGCGUCUCCCUCGCCGAAUCCAAGGGCUUCAUCAAAGCUCCCGGCGGCGCCCCCGCCAAUGUCGCCUGCGCCAUCACCAAGCUCGGCGGCAAAUCCGCCUUCGUCGGCAAGUUCGGGGACGACGAGUUCGGGCACAUGCUGGUGAACAUCCUGAAGCAGAACAGCGUCAACACCGACGGCGUCUGCUUCGACAAGGAAGCGAGGACCGCGCUGGCGUUCGUCACCCUGAAGCAGAACGGGGAGAGGGAGUUCAUGUUCUACCGCAACCCGAGCGCCGACAUGCUGCUCAAGGAGUCGGAGCUCAACCUCAACUUAAUCAAGCAGGCCAAGAUCUUCCACUACGGCUCCAUCAGCUUGAUCUCCGAGCCCUGCCGCUCCGCCCACAUGGCCGCCAUGAAGGCCGCCAAGUCCGCCGGCGUCCUGCUGUCCUACGAUCCCAACGUCAGGCUGCCGCUCUGGCCCUCCGCCGACGCCGCCAGGGAAGGCAUCAAGAGCAUCUGGAAGGAGGCCGAUUUCAUCAAGGUGAGUGAUGAGGAGGUGGAUUUCUUGACGAAAGGAAGCGCGGAGAAGGAAGAGACUGUGCUGUCUCUGUGGCAUGAUAAGCUGAAGCUACUUCUUGUCACCGAUGGGCCUAAAGGCUGCAGAUACUAUACUAAGAGUUUCAAGGGGAAGGUUGCGGGUUACACGGUGAAGACGGUGGACACGACUGGAGCAGGGGAUGCUUUCGUGGGUUCGUUCCUGAUGCAAGUGGCGAAGGACCCUUCCAUUUUCGAGAACGAAGGGAAGCUGAAGGAGGCACUGGCGUUUUCGAAUGCCUGUGGAGCGAUUUGUACGACCCAGAAAGGAGCCAUCCCUGCACUUCCCACAACGAACGACGCCCAAGCACUUCUCAAGUCCAAGUAGGAGACGAACACUCGCAGCAAGAGACCUCAAAACAAUUGGAGGAUCUUCUGAAUUUUGAUCAACCUGUUCAUGGCAUGAGUUCUUUUUUUUUCCUUUUGUUUUGAUUUGUGGAGGGUACAACCAGACCGGAUUCAUUGGUUUUUUGUGAUUCUUUGUUUGAUGAUGGUUGGGUUUCGAUACAUCAUCAAGAUUCAAAUCAAUUUUGGGUUUUGAUUCUUGUUAUGUGUUUGUUCAGAAUGCAAAUAAUAUGAUAUAUUGAAUCUGAUACGACU